ACAGUCACAGGGAAAAUGGGGACCCUUCUCAGGGUUGAGUGCUUCUCCUUCCCAAGAACUCUCCCAAUCCGUAAUCGUUUACUUCCCAAUCCAUCUGUCUCAGCCCUAAGAACAAGCCCACCUCCUGUGAGUGACCUUGCAGAAGAGGACGUUCUGCAGGCGUUCUUUAAGGAAAGGCAGUUGAAUGGAGACCUUGUAUCAAAAGUUUCUGAUGUGUUUUGGCAGAAGGAAUUUACGAAAUCUGUUGUUGAUGCUGAUGAUGCUGGCCGAUUUGCUGACACUCCUCAACAAGCAGAGCAGGUUGCAGAAAAUGACGCUGGUGGGUUUUUGAAAUUGUCAAGAACAAAUGAAUGGGUACUAGGUGACGUAUCUGCACCAAUAAAUAAAAAAGCCAUUGCUAAGGCCUUGCAGAAUGACAGUGAAAGAAGAAAGAAACUCAACCUUCUUCAAUAUGAAGCUCUACAGAGGGAACUAAUGCUAUUAUCUAUUGGUAUUGGAACCGCAUGUACUGGGUAUUGUUUAAUAGCAUUAUCAUUCCAGGCUGCUGUCAGUUAUGCUACGGGAGUUAUUUUCAGUUGUUUGUACCUUAAACUCUUGUACCAGCAAGCAGACAAUAUAUCCAGAGAUGCAGUCCCUCAAAUUUUCAGGCAGAGGAAGACCAAGAAAAUUGGAAUAAGAAGCGAGGAUGUUGAGGAUUUUCUAGAGAAGUCGAUAAAGGGCUGUGGUAUUGCUCUUUCAUCUCCAAGGCUUGUAAUACCAGCAGCAAUAUAUGGAUUGUGGAUUCUGUCUCAUCAAUAUUUUGCCAGCGAUCUCUUUGAUUUCCAGCUUGUGCCAGCUAUGCUUGGGAUGUUUGUCUAUAAAGCUGCUGCUCUUUAUCAAGUUUAUAGAGAUAAUGAAGACUUACAGUUUAUCUUUCCAGAAAAUGAAGAAGGCUCGAAGUGACUGAAACAUUUGAUCUUUUGCAUUGUUCAUAAUUUAACAAGCAGAGUCAGAUGCCUCCCAGAAAUUUUGCCCCUUAAGGUUACAAAAUUAGCUUUCCUUCGUCAGUACCUGUAUUAUAUCCUGCAUGAAUGUAUAGUCAAACAAGAGAAGCAUCCUCAAGAUUGAAAUGAAGUAAUGUGGUCUGAGCUGAUGCCUGUUUGAUUGAUUGGUUCAGGUUAGUUUCUGAAAGUUAUACUAGUAGCUACCUUAUCUAGCAAGAUCUGUUCAAAAGGUAGUGGUUCAUGGUUAAUGAGUUUAUCCUAAGGCAGGUGGCCUAAAACCUAUUUUACAGUUUACAACAAAUUGGCUGCUGUAAAACAUAGUUGACCAUUUUAAAAGAUUGGUAAUUUUGUUCUGAAGAUCCGCUCUGAUCUUCAUUCCUGUAGUGUGAUCUUCUUUCAAAGUGACGCAGGAGCGUACUCGAGGCUUGCUGAGGCCUUGCUGGUCUACUGGUUAUGCUCUUAGUUAUUUUAAAUAGGUGAUGUGCCUGUCAUGUGAGUUAAGUAUUCUGAAGGGCUAUGAUGAAAACAUUAUUCGUGUAAUCAACAACUAGAAUGCUGGGUUGUCGUAACCUUUGUUCGAGUACCAUGUACAAGUCUUCGUAUAUAAUAGAGUUGUUUUGGGCCACCCAUGCCCUGGAAAUUCAAGGUUGGACAAGGUAGAGAUGUUGGCAGUGGAAAUCGAGCCCAACGUACAGAGAGGACAAAGAUGGUAUGAUCGAAACCUAGUCACUGGCACUUGAUUUAGGCGAGAAGAAC